UGCCCACCAGGUUCCAGGGUCCUGGAAUUCCUCACCACAUUCUAAAGUUCCGGAGGCUCAGACUGUUUCUGUCUUGGAGUGCCUGAGCCAGCUUCAGGACUGGGGAGGGGGCAGGAGACUCUAAUCUCCUUCCCCAAGACUCAGGGCAGAAGACACAGACCUCACUCAGGCUGUGGGGGUGGCUGAGGGGACCGAAGCAGACCUCUGUGCCCAAGGACAUCCUUGAGGACACUUGUGGGACAGCAGAGGGUCCCCAGAGCAGACUUAUGGCCAUCAGACUUCUUCAGGACGGAGCAACCAGGCAAACAGGGAAGGUCCCCCACACCACACUGCAGAAGCUCCUGAGCUGGGGGCUGCCUGUCAUGGGCAACCGAUUCCUGCAGCGCCAGCCGGGCGAGUUCCCUGUGUCUGCUUUUCUGCUGGGGGCAAGCACUGGAGGGCUCCUGGCUGUGGGUCUCUUCCAGCUCCUGGUGAACCCUAUGAACAUCUAUGAAGAUCAGAAGAUGGUGACAUUGUACAGCUUGGUGGGCUUGGGGGUCGUGGGCUGGGGGACCUCCCCGCACAUCCGCUGUGCCAGCCUCCUGCUUGUCCCUAAGAUGCUGGGCAAAGAGGGCAGGCUCUUCGUGCUGGGAUACGCCCUGGCUGCCAUCUAUGAGGGACCGGCGGCCAACCUGCGGAACAACCUCAACGAGGUGAUCUCGUCGCUGGGCUGCACUGUACAGCUGCAGAUCAACAACACACGCAAGGCCUGGCGUGUCUCCGUGGGUCCGCUGCGGGCAGUGCUCAAGGAUCUGCUGGCCAGCAAAGAUUCACUGAAAGCCGAGACUCAGAACAUCACCAAGUCCUUUGAGGACCUGGAUGACCAGGUGAACAGCGAGACUGGCUACACACUGGAGAACUCCAUGGGCUUGGAGGGUACAGCCCGAGGUGGAGAGAUGUACCGAGCUGUGCCAUCCAGGUACCACCUCUCCACACAGAAGAUGUAUGAGCUGAAGACCAAGCUGCGCUGCUCCUAUGUGGUGGACCAGGCCAUCCUCAGCUGCCAGCGCUGGUUUGACCAGAAACACAAACAGUGCAUGCAGCGCAUCUGGGUUCCGCUGCUCAACCACCUGCUCUGCUUGCCCAUGAAGUUCAAAUUUUUCUGCAGCAUCGCCAGGGCGAUGGAGGUGUGGUGCCGCAGUCGCAUCCCUGUGGAAGGCAACUUCGGGCAGACCUAUGACUCUGUCAACCAGUCUAUCCAUGACCUGGGUGGGGAGUUUUCAGCCACUAUUGAUCUCAAGGAAGAAAAGCAGGCGUGGAUGCUGGGCCUCAACACGAGCUGGGAACACGUGAGCGCGGAGCUGCAGGACUAUGUCCUCCAGCAGGAGGCCCAGCUGGAGUGGACGCUAGGGCUGCUGCGAGUACUGUUGUCCUGCACUUUCCUGCUGGUUUUCCGCAUGUCCUUCUCCUAUGUGGACAGCUACAAUGGCGACAUCCGCUUUGACAACAUCUAUAUCAGCACCUACUUCUGUCAGAUUGAUGAACGCAGGAAGAAGUUGGGCAAACGGACUUUGCUGCCACUCCGCAAAGCCGAGGAGAAGACCAUCAUCUUCCCCUAUAAUCCCACCAUGCAGGCCUCGGAAACAAAAAAUGUGGUGAGAGAGCUCGUGGAGACAGUGCCUGUUCUGCUCCUGUUGCUGCUCCUCUGUGGCCUGGACUGGGCUCUCUACUCAAUCUUUGACACCAUCCGCCACCACUCCUUCCUACAGUACUCCUUCCGCAGCAGCCAUAGAUUGGAGGUGAAAGUCGGGGGGGACUCCAUGCUUGCCCGGCUUCUUCGGAAAACCAUUGGAGCCCUGAACAGCUCCUCGGAGACAGUGGUGGAAUCAAACAACAUGCCCUGCCUGCCCCAGCCCAUGGCUCUGGAUGCCAGGGCUUAUCUGAGGGCCGCACUCCCCAUGGGCCUGCUGCUGUGCCUUUGCCUGCUCCAGGCCUUCGCCUACCGACUUCGGAGGGUCAUCACAGCCUUCUACUUCCCCAAGAGAGAGAAGAAGAGGAUUCUGUUCCUCUACAAUGACCUGCUGAGGAAAAGGGCGGCCUUUACAAAGUUAAGAAGGGCUGCCAUCGUGAGGCGGGCACAACAGCAGAAGCCUCCACACCGCGGCCUGGCGGCCGUCCUGGACCGCCGCUGCCCGCUCCUGCGCCGCUGGCUGCGCCGGCGCUGCGUGGUGUGCCAGGCGCCGCAAACGCCUGAGGCCUACCUGUGCCCGACGCCGGACUGCGGGGCCGUGUACUGCCAGUCGUGCUGGGACGACAUGCGUCGGCGGUGCCCGGCCUGCACCCCGCGCGAGGAGCUCUCGUCCUCCGCCUACAGCGACAGCAACGACGACGCCACCUACGCGGAGUGAAGGGGCGUCCUGUCCUCCCGCUCCCCGCGCUGAAUAAAGGCCCGUCUGCGCCAGACGCCCGCGCGUCCCAGGGGUCUGACUGGCAGUCCGCAGCCCCGGGCCGCCGACGUGACGUGGGAGGGCAGCCACGCUGCGGGGAUGGGGUUCGGGCCGGCCGGGUGGAGGCGCGCCGCCCAAGAGGGUAGGACCGGGCCUCGGCUCGCAACGCGCGCAGCAGCCGGAGCGCCGCGGGGGCGGGGCGCGGGU